UCAUGGCGGAUAGUGCUUCAGCCAGCAGUGAUACGUUCUACCUGCGCUCGUUCUCUGGGCUGUCAGACUGGUGACGUGUAUGUGGUGGGGUCAGAGAGCAGGUUUUAUCCGGGACAUCGUUCCAGGACAGCCCGGGGAUGUGAUGCCUGAGCCGGGUAACCUGCAUGUCUUCACCGGUCCCUUGAGCAGUCUUCUGGACACUCGGUAGCCCUGAUCCCAUUGGGGUCUUUGUCAUAUUUCAUGGGACUCCUGGAGGCACCAGUCUCUAAAGAUCAUUCACCUGGUACUUCAGCUGGAGGCUGGCCCUACAGCUCCCAUAUUACACAGAUAGCAGUACAUGAGUGGGGAUGACUGAGCACCUACUUUGUGUCACAAACCCUGUAACUGGAGACAUGUCCAAACUCGAGGAAGUUGCCAACGUAAUUCUUCGUGUUCCAUGCAUUGUUCUCCUAGAUCUUUUGUACCGUUGGGAUAUUCAUGGAUACUCCGAUACAAGACGUCCAGUGUAUGAAACAAAUUUCUUCAAGACAAAAUACUUGUGGAAUGUUUAUUAUGUGGGUCACUUGGUAUGUGCUGUCCUCCUAAUACUGCCUCUUCGGUACUUGGUGAAGAUAUACCUUUACCUACUCACUGCUCUGCUUCUGUAUGUGGCUCAUCAGACAGCCAGAGAUUAUAUCCGUCAGGAGAUGGACUCUGACUUCACCGGAGCGGUGUACGAGGAUCCCGACACACUGACCCGAAAUAUAAGCACACUUACAGGCAUGGUGAUGCUAAGUACUCUUUGUUCCUUAUUGAUGAAAACGCGUCAUGCAUGGCUGUUUAGCUCCCCGAUGUUGCCUCUGCUGGCCCGUCUGGUUGGGCUUCCUCUCCAAUUUCUGCCAAUUUUUAACACAGUCUCUAUGGCACUGACAUUAAUGGAGGUUGUCUACGUCAUGGCGUCUAACCUGGGUGUGAUGCUCGUCCUCCUCAAAAAGGCAAUUCAGGAAGUGGUGCAGAUGCUGGAGGUGUACAGAAUAGUGGCUCUGGGAUUGUCUCUCUGGACCCAGCUGGCUGUCCCCAUGUUGUUCCUGGUCUUCUGGCUGGUGCUCUUCAGCUUUCAUAUGUUCUCCUUCCUUUCCUCCAAGCCAGGUGUACUAAUCCAGCAAGGACUCCUCUUUAUCUCCCUCAAUAGCGUUGCAGAGUGCUGUGGGACACCCUACAGCCUCAUUGGGCUGACAUUCACCGUCUCAUACUUGGCUUUGGGAUUGCUUAAUCUCUGCAAAUUCUACCUGCUGGGAUAUGCCGCGUUUCACAACGGGAAUGUCAUGCACAGGGGUGUGACAGAGGGAGUGACCCUGAUGUUGCUUGCUCUGCAGACAGGACUUCUUGACCUACAGGUCCUACAAAGAACCUUCCUUCUGAGCAUCAUCCUCUUCAUUGUCAUCACGUCCACCUUGCAGUCCAUGAUAGAGAUUGCUGACCCCAUUGUGUUGGCACUGGCCGCCACACAGAACAGAAGUCUCUGGAAGCAUUUCCGUGGCCUCAGCAUGUGCAUCUUCCUCUUGCUAUUCCCAUGCUACAUGGCGUACAAGAUCUCCCACUUUUUCCAUAUGGAUUUUUGGCUGCUGAUCCUGGUCUCCAGCUGCAUGCUCACCUCCCUGCAGGUCUUGGGAACCCUGUUUAUCUACACCUUAUUUGUGAUCGAGCUUUUCCAGGACAGCCGGGUGGAGAUGAUGGAUGAGAUAAUAUACUGUGUGAACGCAGUGAGCCGUGUGCUGGAGUUCUUGGUGGCAUUGUGUGUUGUUGCUUACGGCUCCUGGGAGUCGAUCUUUGGAGAGUGGAGCUGGAUGGGUGUCUCUGUUAUCAUUGUCCAUUCUUAUUUCAAUGUCUGGCUACGAGCACAGUCUGGCUGGAAAAGCUUCCUACUGAGGAGAGAGGCCGUUAAAAAGAUAAAUGCCUUGCCCAAAGCCACCACGCUGCAGCUGAGGGCCCAUAAUGAUGUGUGCUCCAUCUGUUUCCAGGACAUGACUGUCUCAGUGAUCACUCCCUGCAACCACUUCUUUCAUGGGGAUUGCUUACGGAAAUGGUUCUACGUACAAGACACGUGCCCCAUGUGCUUCCAGCAAGUGAAGCCAGAUGUACUAAGUAGCAGUGAUAGAGAAUCAGAGGCAGACAGUGAAAAUGGAGAAGAUGAUUUUGACCACAUAAUAUCCGAGGCAGAAGAAGACACGGACUCCACUGAAGUGAAAGUGACUGAGAUAGGUGUCAACGAAUCUGGUGUAAAUUGUAGUAAUGAAAUUAGCACUAAUGAAGACGUACGAACGGAGAGUGAAUUGAUGGGAACCCAGAAAAGGGUGCAAGCAGUAGAUGCAGAAGUUGGAGAGAAAACCAAAGGGGUUGAAAAUACUCAAGAAAAACUGGAUGAAGAGUUAGUUUGGGGUGAAGUCGAGGGUCUACGUGAUACGACCGUUACUUGGGAUUGAUGUGAUCAUGUUGACUGCUAGUAAAGUGGAUAAAUGCCUGGCAUGCGAGAUGGGCCCCACAGUACCAUAUUUUCGGGAACCGGGUAAGAUGUAGCUUGGUUGGUUUAUGAUUGCCAAUGCUAAAAUGGGGUAAGCUGAGGUUGGUCAGUAACUGGCACUGCGAAAGGGUAAACUGAGAUUGGUCAAUAACUGGCACUAAGAAAGGGUUAACUGAGAUUGGUCUAUAACUGGCACUGAGAAAAUGGAUAACCUAAAAAAUU